AUGGAUGAAGUCAUCAUCCCUCUCCACAAGGACUUCCACAUUUGGCAGCAGGCUAAAAUCCUCGACCUGACCCCAGUCAUCGUUCUGGAUGUUCUCUACAUGCUGUUUGGCGUCGUCGGCAACUCCGUCGUGGCCUACGUCUGCUUGUUUCACCUACAGCGAACUGUCAUCAACAGUUUUGUCCUAUCCCUGGCUAUCCUGGAGCUGCUAGGGUGCAUCCUCACAAUUCCAGUGGAUAUUACCGAGCUGUUGAACUCUUACGCUUUCGACUUUCCACUGCUGUGUAAAUCUGAGAGGUAUUUCAGAAAAGUUAUUAUAUUCUCCACUGGGUGCAUUCUUUUAGGCAUCGCAGUGGAGAGGUAUAAACGAAUUGUGAAACCACAUGAGCCUCAUAUGACUUUGUUCGAAUUUAAAAUAGCAAUUGUGGGAGCUAUCAUAUUCUCAGCUGUUUUAGCCACUCCAGAAGCGAUUUUGGCCGGAAAUGAAACAAUUCAAACCUCUUCUGGAAACGGUAUUGUUUGUUCUGUGUAUACUUCGGACAAGUACCGAUUUUCGAUGUAUCCACAACUUUGGGGUUUUCUGGUUGUAGUUAUUUAUGUUUUGUCGAUAGUGACUAUUGCUAUAAUUUACAGUUUGGUGGCGUUAAAAAUUUGGAAGCGGGGCAAAGUUCACACUAAUAGGAGGUCGAGGUCAAAUACACCCGAUUCAACUAUUCAGAGGCGUGUAAGGUGUUACUCAUACCAUCAGAAACGAUCGGAAGAACUGGAUCCCUUCAGCAGAACUUGCUCGUCGCUUUAUUUCCAGCAUCGUUUAGAGCCAGACUCGUUUACAAUGCAGGCUAUUCAAGAAAGACAUAAAAGAAGGUUAUACCAUUUGUGUACCCUACCCCGGGCAAAGGUCAACCAUACCGACGGGAAAUCAGUUCGACCAGUCCAAGAAGAUGUUGGGGGUCAAGAGUUCAAGGCUGAUUCAAAUAACAGUGUGAAUAAGUAUAGCCAAGACAAUGGAGGCUAUAAUUCUGUCAUGAACACAUCGGAGAUGCAAGAAAAUUAUGACAUAUCCGUACCGUCACAAACUGUAUUUCGUAGCCAAACGCUAUGCCAUAGAAAUUAUAUCAGAAACAGAACUAGCAGCAAUGACAUACAUCAGCUCUUAAAUAACAACUGUACUAAUAGAUGUAAAGAAAACUGUACCCCUCACCGCGCAGCUAGCAAAGAAGAUAUGAACCGUCAAGAAACAUCGACUCAAUCUACAGCAUUCAUCGAAGCUGUUAUUAAUAAACUCAAUGAUACACAACACAUCGAAAAAUUGCAAAGUAGAUGUUUUUAUAGGAAUUUCCAAGCAUACAAUCGACCAGCAUCGCCGGUUGGUAGCUUGCAUCGAAGACUUGGCUAUUCGCGAAAGAGAACCACAUUUAUCAUGUUUGUCAUGACCUUAACCACAGUUUUCAGUCACCUGCCCCACAUAAUUGCCCUGUUAUACUCGUUCACUCACCCAGGAGCAGAGGCCCAUCUCACUGCGGAUGAGUGCGUCAUGUUUCACGUGGCUUGGAAUUCAUUUUUCAUCAGUUUGGCCUCCCACCCGUUUAUGUAUGGCUUCUGGAAUGGACGCUUCAAAAGUGCCCUGUGUGUCUUGUUAAGUGGUUGCCAGUUGAGGAAAAACUAA